AUGGGCCAUGGCUGCAACUCCGGCAGCUGUGUCGCCUUGACCCAACCGUACUAUCCCCCCGAGGCAGACUGCUGGGAGUACAAAGUUCCCGUCACCGUUACCUCGGAGAACCUCGUGUUUAACUUCCCCGACUGGAAGGAUGACUAUGCCCUGCAGGAUUUCCUCACAGCAGUCACCACUCGAGCCAGCGCUGGUUACCCAAGCCCUGUCAUAGGAACCAAGAACGAGACUGCUUCUUAUACUCUUGCGGCGUCCUUCUGCACCCCCAAGUCGGCAAAUAAGAAGAAGACUGUGAUUCUCGCCACUCAUGGCAUUGGGCAGCCUCGAAGCCACUGGAACUCUGCCUAUCAGCCUGACCAGUACAACUUUGUUCAACACGCCAUCAAGAACGGAUACUCGGUUUGGUUCUACGAUCGCCUUGGCACCGGCGAGUCUGAGAAAGUCUCCGGGUUCACCAACCAGCUUCGCGUGCAAAAGGCGAUUCUCAUCGAGCUUACCAAAAUAGUCAAGUCCGGCAAGUUUACCGGAUCAUUUGGUAAGCCGGACAAGCUGGUCGUCAUGGGCUUCUCCUUUGGCUCGUUCAUCACGCAUUUUGCCGUGGCAGAGAAUCCAUCCAUCGCAGACGCUGCAGUACUGACAGGCAUCAACUACAACACUACCGGAGUCAAUGCAAAUGGAUUGGUUCGCUCAUUUGUGCCUCGUGUCGCCUCGCUUCAGAACCCAAGGCUGUUUGGCACGCUUGACCCUGGGUACUUGACCUGGGUGGAUGCGAUUGCACAAAUCAACACCUACUUCAAGUACCCGUUCUAUGACCUGCCUACUGCGUCUUAUGGCGAGGAGUACAAGCAACCAUUUGCGAUUGGCGAGUUUCUCACAAUUACUGAUGGCGAGUUCGAUGCAAGCAGCUUCAAGGGUGCUGCUCUGGCAAUCACCGGAAAGAAUGACUACAUCGUCUGCGACGGAGAGUGCGAGGGCAUCUUUGAGGAGCCGGCGCGAACAAUCUGGAGAAACGCCAAGUUUACGCCGUACCUGCACCCGAAUUCGAGCCACAACUUUAAUUUCCACCGAAACGCCACUGGUGCGUAUGGGGUCAUCACCAACUUCUUGAAGUCCAACGGGCUGUGA